AUGGAGAAAAAUAUGUUCAAGAGUCCCCAAUCACCUUCGUUAGCGUCAGAAGACACUGACGACGAGGCAACGACAGAGGGCAAAGAAGGAAACCUCGACACCACGUCGUCCUGUGCAUCGGCCUCUGGUGCGGAUGAUAAUGUUUUGAAAAACCGUCGAGAGAAACGUCUCGCAAUGAAUCGAGCAUCAGCUCGAGCCAGAAGGAGAAGGAAGAAGGACCUUCUCGGUUCUCUCGCAGCCCAAGUUCAAGAGCUAACUAAUCAGAAGCAUAUGCUUCAGACAAAGAACGACAGUUUGUCUUCUCGAGUUGAGAAACUCGAAUCCGCCCUUACUCAAGCACAAGCAACCAUCACUUCAUUGUCCAGCGGAGCCCCCAGUGUGCAGUCUUCGCUGUUCCAGCCCCUCGCCAGUUCUGCACCGCCUUCUUCUAUGGGCCAAAUGAGUGAAAGCGCUCUGCGAUCCAUCCUUCUUAGCGCAGGUGCUGGUCUACAAGCAAGUGCUGGUGGUCUUCAAGGUGCCGGCUGCGGCGGAGGAUAUGGUGGUGCUGAGUCACUAUUCAAUCCUAGAGCUAUGCAACAGCAGCUCGACUUGCAGAAUCAAUUGAAGCUGCUCGGCGCAACCGCUGGCUUUGGUGGAGCAGGAGGACUCGGAGGUCUGCAGCAGCAAGCUUCAGCUCUUCAGCAGCACCUGACAUCUGAACGAAUAGGUUCACUCGGUGCCUUGUUGGGAGGAGGCCUUGGACAAGGGAUGGCACCCACAGCUUCGCAACUUGAUAGUCUUGUUCGAGCCAAAGCAAUGGAACAAACACAGGAAGACGUCAGAAUGAAUGGAUCAAUGAAUUCCAACAAGAUUGGAGCUGCAAGUAAUCAUGGCAUGACGGAUAGCCCACCUGGCAAAAGGCAAAAGAUUUAA